GGGGGAGGGACCAAGAUGGCGGCGGCCAGCGGCGGGGGAGCGGCGGCGGCGGCGGCGGCGGGCGGGAACCGAGGGCGGCCGCCCCCCGUAACCCCCCGGCAGAUCCGAGACCUCAUCGACGGCGGCAUCGCCACCCAGGGGCCCGGGCCCGGCGGGAAGGACACGUCGGACUGCUCGGAGCGAGCCAAUGGUCCUUCCCAAAUGGAGACUCUUUCCUUGGAAUCUGCCAGCAGGGAAGCCUACUUCAGCAGAGUGGAAACUUUCACCCCGCUGCGGUGGGCGGGGAAGCCGCACGCGCUGUCGCCGCUGGUGUGCGCCCGCUUCGGCUGGGUCAGCGUGGAGUGUGACAUGCUCCGGUGCUCCAGCUGCCAGGCCUACCUGUGCAUGAGCCUGCAGCUCGCCUUCGACCUCAGCAACUACAAGGAGCGCUGUGAGGAGCUCAGGAAGGCCCUGAGCACUGCCCACGAGAAGUUCUGCUUCUGGCCAGACAGCCCCUGCCCAGAUCGCUUUGCCAAGCUGCUGGUGGACGAGCCCAGGGUCCUUCUCCAGGACUUCCUGGAUCGCUUCCAGAGCCUGUGCCAGCUGGAGCUGCAGCUGCCCUCCCUCAAACCAGAAGACCUGAAAAACAUGUCCCUGACAGAGGAAAGGAUCACUCGGCUCCUCCAGCUCAUCGGGGAGGAGCUGGAGCACAAAGGAACAGAGGGAGAGAAGCCUCCUGGGAAGUUUUCCACGGAAAUCCUGCAGGUGCACGUUCCUGCCUGUAUCCUGGCGCUGUGUGGCUGGACCUGCAGCGCUGCCUCGGGCUCCAUCAACCUCUCGGUGAUCACCUGCUCCCGCUGCAUGAGGAAGGUGGGGCUGUGGGGCUUCCACCAGCUGGACUCUGCUGCGGCUCCAGAGCCGGAUUCCUGCGGCUCCAGCAGCAGCGCCCCGGCCGCGCCCGAGCGCUUCCUGCCCGUCCCCACGUCCCCACGCCGGAUGCUGACCCGGAGCCAGGAUCCAGGAGCUGAGCAGCAGCACGAGAAGAGCCCAUCCCCAGCUGUGUCCCGGCCGCGGGGUUGGGAUUCUCCCAGCUCCAUGGACAGGGGCGAGCUGGAUGCCAUCAGCCCCGCUCUGAGGAACCGCCCCGUGACCCGGAGCAUGGGACAGGGGGACACCAUGGAAGUGCCAUCCAGCCCUGUCCGCAGGGCCAAGCGGGCGCGGCUCUGCUCCUCCAGCAGCUCGGACACUUCCUUGAGGAGCUUCUUUCACCCCAGCUCUCAGCACCGUGAUUGGUGUCCCUGGGUCAGCACUGGGGAGGGAGAGGAGUCCCUGGAGGAUGCUGCAUCCCAGACAGAGAAGGAGCCGGGGAAGGCUGUGCCAGGCUGGGAAGUGGUGCUGAAGAGGCUCCUUGGCAUCCAAAAAUCCGACACAGCGCCCGAAACGGAGCCAGUGAGUCUCUCGGAGAAAUCCUGCAAGGUGUUCCGCAUUUUCCGCCAGUGGGAGAGCAUGAACUCCUCCUGAGCGGCCUCUGGGAAGCAGCACGGGGGGAGAUCCAAGCUCUGCGUGGUUCCUGCGGCAGCUCCGUGCCCCGGGAAGGGCCUCGAGGAAGUUUUUUGGAUCCCCCUGCCCCGACUGCCUUCACAAACUGCUGCUGUGUCCCUCCCUCCGAGGGCAGGACAGCCCUGCCCGGAGCUGGCACGUGCAGGAGGUGACAAGGGGACGCUGUCACCUCCCUGGUGAUGCCAGGUGGGAAUAAACAUUUCAUUUUUGUUGUUU